AUGCUUCUGCGAGCAGCUGGGAGACCACUGCUCGCGACAUUGACGACUGCGUCGAGAUGUAAAGCCAUACCAUCUCCACGAACCCUCAACCCGACUCCAUACCUCCUCACCACACCCACCCCUCUCCGCGCAGCAUCCUCCUCCUCCUCCUCCUCCACGCGCUGGAAAACCCGCCAAUCCACCGACGCCUACGCCCGCUCCGCCAAGCUCUCCGGCCUCAAAUCCCGCGCGGCCUUCAAACUGCUCGAAAUCAACGACAAGCACCGCCUCUUCCGCCCCGGCGACACCGUCGUCGACCUCGGCUUCGCGCCGGGGAGCUGGAGCCAGGUCGCGGUGAAUCGCACGAGUCCUGGGGGUAGGGUGGUGGGCAUCGAUGUGAUACCCGCGCAGCCGCCGCGGGGCGCGAAUGCGCUGCAGGGGAAUUUUUUGAGUCGGGAGAUUCGGGAGGAGGUGAGGAGGUUUGUGGGGGAUGUUGAUAGGGGGCGGGUGAGGAGUGGGGUUUUUGAGGGGGAUGAGGGGAGUGGGUUCGUGGAGUUGGAGAAGGCUGCGGCGAAAGAGGAGAAUGUGGAGGAUGUUGGUGGGAGGGAUGAGAAUGAGGACACGAUGAUGGGAAGGACGGUCAAUGUGGUGUUGAGCGAUAUGUCAGAACCCUGGCCUUUGGUCACGAGUACGUGGAUCAAGAGCGUGUCUAAUCCCCAUCGCAGGAUGUUGAAUACGAGUGGUAUUGCGGCGAGAGAUCAUGGGGGGAGUAUGGUCAAGACUGACAGUUCAUGGCGAUAUCAGGACCUCUGCAUGGCCGCCUUGACAUUCGCAUACGACACUCUGGCCACCGGCGGACACUUCCUCUGCAAGUUCUAUACUGGAGCUGAGGACCAUGCAUUGGAGCUGCGGUUGAAGAAGUUGUUUGAGAAGGUCCAUCGGAUUAAGCCUGAUGCUACUCGUAAAGAGAGCAAGGAGGCUUAUUUUGUGGCUCUGAGACGGAGGGCUGCGAUUGGUCGUGAGGAUGUGCUUGGUGAAUGA